ACUGAAAUGGUUUCAUUUCAUUUGAUUUCUAUGUUAUUUAAUUUAUGAAAUCCAUUGUUAGCGAUAUUUUAACUAUUAUUACUUAUUGUUACAUUUAGUUGUUGCUUCACUACGACCUAAGCGGGGAAGAUUUCACAAUGAAUAUCCUACCUAAAAAAAGAUGGCAUGUAAGGACAAAAGAGAAUAUUGCAAGAGUGAGAAGAGAUGAAGCUGAAGCAGCAGAAAAAGAAAAAGAAGAGAGAUUAAGAAUUGAAAAUGCAGAUCGGGAAGCCAGACUCAACAUUCUAAAACAUAAAAGUAAGCAAAAGUUGCUGGAACUAGGCAUCAGUGAUCUAGAGCCUCAACCUGAAGCAUCCCAACCUCAACAACUGGAGCAUAUUAAUUUAUUUGUUGACUUAGAACAUGCUGUUAAAGCAACAAAUAAAGAUCAUGACAAAGAAGUAAAAGAAAAAAAGGAAGAAUAUGAAAAGAAAAUUGGAUACCUAACAUAUCUGGGACAAGAUACAAAUGAAGCACUCAAAAAGAAAAAUUGGUAUGAAGUGUUACCAGAUGCAUCUAGGUUUUCUAGGUCCGGUGAAAUUAAGGAUACUUAUGACAAAUUGGUACUAAGAGAUGCAGAUGGCAAACCAAGGACAAAAGAAAGUGAUACCAAAAAUGGUGAAGUUGCUUGGAAGGCUAAGCAAAAGUUAGAUCCAAUUCAGAAGUUUAUUCAAUAUUGCACUGGAAAAAACAAUAUUAUGACAACAAGUAAAAGUUCAAAGAACAUGGAAACAGCUGUGACUAGUCCAGAAAGAAAGAGUAAACAUAAACAUAAAAGUAAAAAGCACAAGAAGGACAAAGAUGAAAAACAAAAGAAGCUACUCAAGCUUAGAGAGGAACGGCUGAAACGAGAACAACAAGAGAAACUGAAGACAGAGAUGUUUUUGAGCGGCCUCAAUCCUACAACUACUCAAAAGCAGCCAGAUCCUAGUGUGACAAGAGUUAAACCAAAAUAUAAUUCCCAAUUCAAUCCAGAGCUUGCCAGGCAAAAUUAUACUUAAGAGACAUGAAAUUGCUGUUAUCUUAAUAAAUGCAUAUGUUUAAAGAAUACACUAAAGUUAACUGUUAUUCUGAUUCGUUUUUUUCACUUCAUCUUCCAUCAUAACUUGGUUUUGUUUAACCCAAUUUUUGACUGGUAGAGAAUGCCUUAAAGUGAUAGGUUAUAAUGUUUGCACUUUCUAGUAUUGUGCAGAUUAAAUAAAUAAACAAAGUUCAUGAAACUAGAUUUAUAUCAAAUUAACAAGAUGAUUAUAAUUUAUGAAAUAUAUUAAACAGUAUUCUU